UUAUUUAUUUUUGUUUUAUUUCUUGUUUUUUUUACGUCCUUCCCCACCCCCCCCACCACCACCACCUCCUAACUGGUUUUGGUUAUGGAGGGUUGGUUGGCCUCGUACUGUCGCUUGCGAACAAUAUUAUAGUGUAGACGUAUUUUUGUGAACACGCACAACCACCAAAUUACACUUAGGGGUUGAGAUGAUUAGAUGACUACUUAAAAUAAUAAUUAAAAUUAAUUUCGAUGAAAUAAUAGCCCACAUUCACGACGUGUAUUAUUAAUAUAGUCGGAUUUCUCAAAAUAGUACGAAGACUGAAUACGUAAUUUGUUAAACUAUUUAAAUGAUAACAGCUUAGCGGUGACCCUAUGCCCCACACCCCCCUCCCCCCCAACAGUACAACUCGAUGGAUAUUUAUAUUUUCUCCUCGUAACCUCACGUAGGCCAACAUUUCCCUCUCAUCACGGGCUUUGGACCAGUCGGGUAGAGGAUGGGGAGGUUAUCAGGUUAGGGGGUUAAGAUAACGAUAGUGGUCACCACGUCCAUCGCGAAACUUGUUGUGCAGAUGAAGCAAGACCCCCAGAAUGCAGAAUUGAAGAAGCAGCUGCAUGAAUGCCAAGCUAAAAUAACUUCGCUCAGUGAAAAGCAAAAAAAGGUUGUGGAGCAGCUGAGAAAAGACUUGCUUAUCAAGCAGCAGUCUGCAAGUACCCAGAAAAGUGCUUCGACGCCGCCCGUGCUUGCCGCCAAACCGAUAUCGCUGGUCAAGUCGACCAUUCAGGCCGCGCCACUCGCCGUGGUGACGCAAAAAGCCGCCGUCGCCAUGGUGACGUCAUUGAGUAACGGGCAGAAGCUGGCGCUGACGUCCUCUGACCUGCCGACGGCCAACCCCAUCAACCUGCAGACGACAGCGAGCAAGCUGCUGCAGGAGAAUGUGGCGAGGAUCCCUCCCAAGGCCUCGCAGCCGCAGCAGGCUCUAUCUCUGGCGUCCUCUCCUAUCAAGGUACCCCAGCUGUCCUCGGUCCACAGACUGACUGGACGUAACCCGGCCACCUUAACACAGGUGCGCCCGAAGCCAAACUCGGCGGCCGUGUCGCCGGUGCAGGGCGGCGGCCCCCAGGCGUCGCUGGUGCCGCUGCACAAGGCGCACGCGUUGCUGGCGGUGCGGGGUGCGUGCGGGGUGCAGCACGUGCGCAUCGUCAACGGGCAGCAGUACAAGCCGCGCUCGCCACCUCCCACGCAGCACGCGUCGCUCGCCGCUUCCACCGCGCUCGCUGCCGCACCCUCCGCCUCCGUCACCGCCGCCCCCCCGUCGUCCGCGGCUAUGCCGCCGUCGUCCUCUGCGGCCGCGUCCUCGGCGGCGUCGGCCGCCGCGGCGGCGGCGUCGGCGGCGUCGUCCUCGUCUCCCGUGGGCGGCGUCACCGUGGUGGCUUCGGGCACGCAGCCGAGCAAGGAUGGCACCGCCAGACAGACUUCACAAACUGUCUACCGAGCAAACCUGUCGACACGGAUACUUUCGCCCAGGCCCCAGGUGGAGGCAAACCCACAGAAGGUUGCAUUCCUUGGAUCCUUGGGCCUUGUGACUCAUGAGCAAAUGGAAGAGAUCCAGAGCAGACGCCAGGAGAGGAAACGGCGCACAACGGCAAACCCCGUUUACAGCGGGGCGAUGUACGAGCCAGAGAGAAAACGCAGUGCGGUGACCUACCUGAAUAAUCCUGUGCAAACCGGCACAAGAAAAAGAGGUCGGCCUCCAAAGUACGCUAGCGUAUUGGCCGGGCUGGUGGGGCCACCCGUGCAGGCCCUGCCGUCGCCGAGUCAACCGGCCGCGCCGUUGGAGCAGGACAAGGCGGAGGGGGGUGGUGCCCCCCCUCCGUGCAGCCCGUCAGACGGGCCGGCCGCUAGCCCAGCCACGGUCUCCGACGGGGACAUCCACGAGGACUUCUGCUCCGUGUGCAAGCGGAGCGGUCAGCUGCUAAUGUGCGACACGUGCUCACGCGUCUACCACCUCGAGUGCCUGGAGCCACCACUCAAGGCCAUCCCCAAGGGCAUGUGGAUCUGCCCCAAGUGUCAGGAGCAGGUGCUGAGGAAGGAGGACGCGCUGCCCUGGCCGGGAACCCUGGCCAUUGUCCACUCGUACAUUGCGCACAAAGCAGCUAAGGAAGAAGAGAAGAGGAAGCUUCAGAAAAGGAGCAAUGAGCUGCGUCAGGAAAGAGACCAGCUGGAGCAGAAAGCGAAGAUGCUAAGCACUGCCAUUCUGAAGUGCAUGGAGGUACGCAAUAGCCUGCUGUCCAAGCAAAAGGAAGUGCAGGUGGGAAUGGAGAGAUAUCGGAAGCUGGUGCAGCUGAUUAACGGCGUGCCAGCCAAGCCGUCCAAGCCACCCGCUGCUGCCGCCCAAGCCUUGCAGGUCGUGGCAUCGACGUCAUCUCCCGUCAUCGCGACCGCUGCCACCCCUCUUCUCAUCAUCACCACGCUGACCCCUGACCUUACGGCCAUGGGAGCUCCCGUCGCUCGAGCCACUUCCGUCGCCGUUUCGACCUCCACCGGAAUCCUGGCGCAGAUCCACCCGCCGAUGGCGCCUGCGGCCCAGUUGCCCCACCAGCCGCACGCCAAGCACUGAACGCUGGGCUCCUCUCUCUCUGUCUCUCGCUGCCUGCCGCUUUGAGACGAUGUUGCUCGAAAUGCAACGACGAGAGACGCAAUGAUCAAGGAACAAAAUGGGAGACUGUGUGCACAAUGUACGUAAAAGCGCACACGGUCUCGCAUGCUGCGUGCAUCGACUCGUGAGGAAUAAACAUAAUCUCCCUCCGAUAAGUCUCAAAGGAUGCUACGUUGAGAGCUAAGUAUAUAAAGGUCGGCGUCUCCUCGAGUAUCAAGAGUGCAACGUUCUCUUAAAAUGUUGUGCAAGUGUAACGCCUUUGAGCUUUAGUAUGGAAAAGGGUAUUUUGCAUCACAAACUGAACUUUUUUGCAAAUGAUACAAAAACAAUGCAGGCAUUUGCUGGUUUCUCCUUUUCUGACUAAAACCUUUUAAGUUGCCAAGUAUGAUUUUUUUAUAUACGGUAGUAUGCAGUUACGCUCUAUAUUGGUAUAUUAAGGUAUACAUUAAUAGAUUAUAAAGUAAAUGAUUAGGAACAUUGUAUGCAUAUUUAACAGUAUCAUUUGAGUGUGAAUCCUUUUUUCUAACUGUUAGAUUUUUCAUACACAUCUGUAUUCUUUGUGGCAAAUAAGGUUAAGUGUUGUUGGUGAAUGCUUAUAGAUCUGUAUUUAACAGUUUAGACAUAAGACCUAUCAGCGGCAACUGUCUUGUUGACAAUGUAAAUUAAAACAGUGGAUCGUAAAUAUUUUCUAUCCUGUUUUCACUGCUGCAGAUAUCACAAUGUAGGAUCAAACCCUUUCUCAAUGGGUCAUGAAACUGCAUUAGGCCAAGGGCAGACGAAACAUGCUACCUUAGUCUUCCUGCUUCACUUGUGCAGCCUCAAGGCUUUAAAGGAACCACGUUAAACCUUCUGUCACAGAAGAACAAGAGCAUUUAUGCUCACCUUUUUUAAUACAUGGUACCAAAAAAUACAAACAAACAAACAAAAACCUAGCAGUUGCCAAACUAAACAAGUAUAGAGUAAUUUUUUAAUAGCAAAUGCAUAAAGUAGGAAAAUGUAUUACUAGUUAAUCAAAGUAAAGGGCAAACGGUGAAAUGACUUUUGUGUUGUAUUUGGAGUAAGUGGAGUGGAGAGAAUGCCAUAAGUUAAACGUUUAAGUAACUUGUUGGAGGGUAUUACCUGCAUCUCUGCCGGUUUUAUUUUUUCGCGACUCGUUUCUCAGAUAAUGCUGGUAACAAAAACAACAAAAAAAAUGAAUGUACAUUUUUUUAUGUUUAUAAUGUCUUUUUAUUUUCAGUUUUUUUGAUAUACACAUUUUGUGUCGGGCAGCGCUGGAACUAAAUAAUGCAGCUGUGUCAGUCUCUUUUGCGUGAAAACUUGGACAACUUCUGCCAGACAAUGUUGCGAGAGUGAUCUACGAAUUGGUCGGAUAAGCGAGGUCCUCGCAAAAAUAUAUUUUACAACGGAAUGCGUCGGGGUGUAAGAUUCCGGGGUGCUCUUAGUUUAAAGAAGCAGUCGCCACUGGAAGGGUCACUACACAUUAUGCCAGGGUCGUUGGAGCAUCACAAAACUAAAAUGUGGAUUCUCGGGACCACCCGUGCUAUCAUAUGGUCCUGGUUGUGUGUUUGGUUGCUUAUGUCAACACGAGUCAUUUAGUCAGGCUUUGCUGGAUAAACGAGCGUAAUAAAACAUGAGUGUGCUUAUUCGUCACCAAGCAAAUGGUUAUUCCAGGUAAAUAUAGUAUGUCGCAAUACGUACGCGCAUUGUAGGCUCCAGGAUCGGAGGCAAUGUUACUUGGAGUAAAAUUACUUCCUCCACAGCACUCUUGCAACAGUGGGGAGACGUGGUUACUCUUCUUUCGGACUAAAUUUAAUCUUGGAAAUGAAAAAUAUAAAAUCACACGCUAAAGAAUGCAAGCAUCUCGUUUACAUUUUUUAGUAAUUUAUUUUGUUUGUGUGACAAAUAUUUAUUUAGUUUUAAAUAAAUGUGACCAUCUAAAGUUGAGUAAAUUUGCCUGUUUUCACUUUUGUUUUUCUACUGCCCGUGUGUGUCCUGAGAAUCCCAUGGCUUAAAAUGUUGUGCCCUUGGCCAGGGGGAUGGCUGGCUUAGGCUUGUGAAAAUCAACACUGUGGUCUGUGCUCGUGCCCAAUACAACCCUAUGCAAGUUGAUUUGAACUCUCAAAAGGCAGUUCCAAACUGGUCCGGGGUUCUGUUCCCCUAAUGAAGUGCUUGACGCGAACUGUAUAUAGCCUUACCGUUAGUCUCUUCAUAGCCGUUUUGUAUAGUAGUUUUAGUAAAAUAUAAAAAAAAAUAUUUUAAAAAACCAGCAAAAAAAGACAAGCUUUUUUGUAUAUAAUUAUAUACGAAGCAUGCAGGUACAAGUACAUAUUGUGUUUAUUGCAUAUCUGAUCUUUUAGCAUGGCACUGGAGAUUUUUGUUAGAAAGAUUGGUAAAAUUUUAUAUUGGUGGACUUUGGAGAGGUUAAAUGAAUAAAAGGGGAGGCAGUUAUCAUUUUCAGGCUUAUAACGAUAUUUUCCUAUUGCUUUACUAGUUGGUUACUCAUGACAUAACAAUUUUAAUAUCUUACUAGCUUAAAUUGUAUUUAUUUCUAAAAUGGGUGGGUGGUGGGUGGGAAACAAUCGUUACACAUCUCUUUAAACUAUACUUGAACGUGGAAUAUUUGUCCAUUAUUGCAGGUUACUACUUUCCUUUUAAAGAACAUUUCGGUGGCCUGAAGUUUGGCGAGGCCAAAUUAUGGCCUUGUGAUUUAGAGUUAUCUGCCUUGGUUUGAAAGGUCAUGUUCUAAUUUCUGUGGCAUUUGACCCAAAAUCGUUUGGGGAAUCCUUUGUGCCGUUCUGUCUGGAACCGUUGUGUGCGCGCGCGCGUGUGUGUGCGUGUGUGAUAGAGCGAGAGUGAGCGAUUGUAGGAUGGACACAUGGGAUAUAUGGGCUUGGAUAAUAUGGCCCAACAUUGGACAGCCCAACUGCUUGGGUUGUUCUUCACCAGUUUGUGUGUAGGCUGAAAUUAUACUUAUAAUAUAUUGUCUCGGUUAUUAACUAGCUUAAAAGAGGAAUGACGUAGUAAUAAAAUAUACGUUGGUAGAUACUCGUCAGUUUUUUUGGGGGGGGGAAAGCUGUAUUUAUCAAAUAUGAGCAGUACCGACCACAAGUGAAUAAACCAAUUGGGACAACAUGCCCCCACCAUCGGAUGAGCGCUGCUCACAAAGUCGGCUUCUUGAUUUGGCGAUCAGCAGAACAGUUUUUUUUUUAAGAGACGGUGGCAAAUGUGCGGGCUCAAGACUUGUAUGCAUGCAGGAAUACGCUACGUUAACAAAAAAAACAAUUAGUUAAAUAGACUUUCCGGUACAGUAAUGGGUUGUUACUGUGUUUGGGUACCAGUACACAGUGAGGGUAAUGCAAGCAGGCGAGUGCCUUUCCGACUAAGCUUCUCUACCUCACACAAAGAAACACGAGCAACAAGAAACAGUACAGUUACCCAUAUUUGCUGGGGUGUUGUCUUUAUGAGCUAAACAAAAUAUUGACGAGGGAUGAUGUACAUUUUGAAAGUGUUUUUUAUCUUUAACAAAAAAAACAACAUCUUUUUUGCAUGUCAUUUGUUUUUUUUUGGGAGUUAAAUUACGAAUGAAACAACAAACCCCCCCCCCCCCCACGUUUGUAAACAAAACCAAGGAAGUUUUAACCCCACGUGAGGAAAGGUAGUUUGAUAUGUUGGUAAGUAGAAAGUACAAAAAUAAUCCUUUGUACAUGAUGCUCUCCUCGAACAAGACGAGUCUCUUAAUAAUCCGUUGCGGUGGCGACGUUUCCUGUUUAAUGUUCACUUGAACUUGCCGAUGUACCCAACGGAACGUUUUGUGUAUUUUGAGAAUCUUUGCCAUUUAUAAAAUGUAAUAAUUACAACAAUGAUGAACCAUGUGACAAAUGAACGAAAUGUUUUGAAAUUAAAAAAAAGUCUUGCUUCUUUGCUUGGCAGAAGGAAUGGUGCCACGGGCUGGAUGUAGUGAAUACGCAGACUUGUCUAUGUUGGAUCGUAUGAUGUUAUUUUAGUGUUGUGUUUCGUAGAUUGAGAUAAUGCUUCGAGCAUCAAAGUUUUUUUUCUCUCUACCAUUUUUUUCAAUAAAAUCUGCCACUUUUUUUCAUGCACAAGACAUAUCAGUGGAUUAGCUGGCUUCCGACAAUGGAAUUUAUCUUAUAAUUAAAAACAUAUAUUGGUUUUUCUUUUGUUAAUAAGGAAGAAAAUACUGCGUCGCAGUCUUUAAAUGUAAUUAAAUUUGUACUCAUUCCAACCAAGUUCCAAUGAGAUGUAUUUAUAUUAUAAAACAAAAACAAGCCUUUUAUCUCGUGAAAGUAGCGUUAGGUUGAAAAAAGCUGUUUGGUGAAAUACUGUUGGAGAAUCCUUUGUCUUUAUUUGUAUAUUUGUAAUUGCUUGCCUUGAGUCACUUUGUUUACUAUUAAUUUGCUAAUUUUUGGGUUUUUUUUUUUCUUUAAAGAAUGCUUUGUUACCAGUUGCGGUGCUGACCCAGUGCUGGAGCCAUCAUGCAGGCCUUGUUUAGUUUAGUGUGAGUAGUGCUGGCCAAAAUGUGUUUGUUUUGCUGCGUUUUAGCCAUGAUGUUUUUGUGAAUGUGCAGCUGUAGUUGGAAGGCUUGGUGUUGAUUAGCUUCGCAUCCCUAGAGCCUUUUGAUCAAAUUGCAUUCAGAAUGUUAUUUAUUCAGAUCACUGUUCUUUAAUAAAUUUGAUCACAAAAUAAUAACAUUUUACGCAGA